GAUCGUGCAAGGUGCUAGCAGUGUGAUUUUCAGAAGAUUUUGUCUACAGCCGCAGCGAGUUGAAUUUUACAAGCGUGAGCCAAAUAUCCAUCACGAAAGGUGAACAUUAAUUCCAGUGCAAAACCAGCGCACUUUUAGAAUCGUGAAAUAUCGUGCCACAAAGACAAAGUGCUACUUUGUGGUCCAUUCGCCUUUUUAUACGCACGUCGAGUUUCGCAAAUUUCCUCAUCAAAAAUGGAUUACGAAGAGCUGACGACGAUGGUGGAGGAGCAGAAUCAAUCGGAGCGUAAGGAGAGCGGCAAACGUGGGCGCAAACCCGGUCGGAAGGUAUCCACGGAGAAAAUCGAUAUGAAAGCGAAGCUCGCAGAACGCAGCCGGCAGAGUGCACGCGAGUGUCGUGCCCGCAAGAAGCUCCGCUAUCAGUACCUCGAGGAGUUGGUGACCGAUCGCGAGAAGGCUGUCGUCGAAUUGCGCCACGAGCUGGAAAAGCUGUACAACUGGGCGCUUGAGGUGGAAGCCGGUCGCUGCCCGGAAGGACUGCAGGAACUCCUGGAGGAGAUGGGAGCCAUGAAGCAGGAGUAAAACCGCACAGCACCCAAUCCAACGCCACACGGCGAGGACAAGCGUUUUGUUUCCGUUGGAGCACCGUUUUGCUUCCCGUUGAGGUUUAGAUUUAGUUCACGCCAGUUGGCUUUGUUAGUUGCGUUCCCUCCUGUGGAUUUGCGUUGGCCACGGACAGAGUCUUUAUGCUUCGGCAAUGGGCUCGUUGCUACACGGGAUCAAAAAUCCGUGCGGUUUCGUUGCAUUUUUAACGUGGUUUAGUUCAGCUUGCGUUCCUUAAUGAUUUCCGGUUACGUUUUCGAUUGUGUUCUGUUUCGAGCAAUUUGCCUAAAAAAAGAUAAAGAGAGUGAGAGGGUGAGAAAGGAUAGCUAGGAGUAGCGGGAGAGAAGCGAUAAAAAUAACAUAAAAAACGAAAAAUGAAAGUAAAGUUAUACAAAAAAAAAAAUGAAGAACAAAAGUACAUAUGCACUCUGAAUUAUACCGAUUUAAAGACGAAAAGUAAAAAAAAAACCACAAAAGCAAAAAGGACGCGGGACAACAUUACCUCAGUUCACGAAGGACAGUCAACACAAGCUUC